AUGGCUCGCACCAAGCAGACCGCUCGCAAGUCCACCGGAGGCAAGGCACCUAGGAAACAGCUGGCCACUAAAGCAGCCCGCAAGUCAGCCCCGUCAACCGGCGGCGUCAAGAAGCCGCAUCGUUACCGCCCUGCAGGAACCGUCGCUCUUCGCGAAAUCCGUCGUUACCAGAAGUCGACCGAAUUACUCAUCCGCAAACUGCCUUUUCAAAGACUAGUUCGAGAAAUAGCUCAGGACUUCAAGACCGACCUCCGUUUCCAGUCGGCCGCCAUCGGCGCUCUGCAGGUAAACCGGCCGCCGUUUAUUGUCUUCCUCUACUUUACUCACGGAGCUUCUUUGCCUGAACUUAAACAAAAAAACUUCGGUUACGUAAGAAUCAUAAAACCAUGACG